GAAGCUUCUCCAGUGGCGCAGGCUAGUAUCGAGCUCGGAAUCGCCCUUCUCUUUGGUGGUAACUCGGAUGUUCAGAGUCGGAUGCUCGAAUUCCUAAAAGCCAAGCGGCUGGUGGGCUUUUUCACAAGCCUGGCUGGCCUCAUGCAGAAUUGUUCUGUCCUCGAUCUGGACACCUUUGAACGGUAA